AUGUUCAUGAAGCUUGUUUGCAAGCUUGGAGGCAUGCAGACCCUAGCUAUGGGCGUAGGAACUACUGGCAGUGUCCGACUUGUGGCUUCAACUGCUCAGGUUGGUUUGACUGCCAUUAUAUUGAUAUCCAUCGUGUUCAUCCUCGGCUUCGUUGCAGAUCCUAUUAUCAACCUGUAUCUGGACCCAUGGAGCCUUUUCUCCCCCUUUUCCUCGUCGGAAUCUGACUACGCUUAUUACUACGAGGAUGAGUCGGCCACUUGGUACGAGCACUUUGCGAAAGGCUUCGCUAGCAUGGGUGUGCUUGGUUUCUUGAAAGUCCUCAUCGCCAGCCCACUAUCUUACUUCAGGAUUGGAGGCGGUCGAGGUCGAACGACCGGUCGAGACAGAUAUGAGCAGGUCAGCUGGAUCAUCAUCCUCAUCGGUGUUGGCACAUUUCUAGCGGCAGUAUACAAAGGAGUCCGUGUAUGGAGUCGCCGAACGCUUGAGAAAGCUGGCGAGCGUGUCAUGGAUGUCCAAGGUGACAAUGAUGACGAUGACGAAUAG